UUCCCCCUCAACUCCCUCAAUCCAGAGAGAGGCUUCCACUCAAACGUUCCUCUUUCUCCCAGUCUUGUACGCUUCCUUUCACACCUCGUCCUCAGUUGCAGUCGUCAGUUUUCAACAAAACCUGGUCAGAAAUCUCUACAGUUCUACUAGACUUUGGAAACCCUUGUGACCUAGACAACGACAACAAAUUGGAAAAGAAUGGAGAAACUCUUCAGGAGUGCUGCUGCGCUGCUUGUGGCUUUACUUGCUUUAUCAACCACUUGUUCAUGGACGCUCUUGGCAGAAGCUAGGGUUCCCCACUUCUCUGCUAUCAUAGAAACUGUAAUCCCUUAUUACCAAAGUAUCGUGCACCGCCGCGGUCUGAAGGGGGAUCCUUCCGGUUAUGGUCCUCCAUCACUGCCUUUGAACCCAGCUCCUCAUGCUCAGGGUGCUCCUCAUCGUUAUUAGCUUCCUGGACCUAAUAGGUCUUGAACUGAGCUCUCGAGACAACGUUCAGGGGCUGUUUGAUGGAACUUUUUAGCAAACUUUUUUAAACAUUAAAUUAUUUUGCCAAUAAUUACAUUAAAAGAGUGUGGUAUGGUAUUAACUAUUUAGGAUAUGACAAUAACUUUACUUAGUUAAAAUAAAAGAAAUAUUUAUUU